AUGGACGGAGAAGAAUUCAGAAAGGCUGGAUAUGCAGCAAUCGACGAGAUCUGCAAAUACUACGAAACCCUCCCCGCCCGCAAAGUCGUCUCGGACGUCGAACCCGGCUAUCUCGCCUCGCUCCUCCCCACCUCCAUGCCCGACAGCGGCGAGGCAUGGUCCCAAAUCCAAUCCGAUAUCGAGGAUAAGAUCGUCCCUGGCUUGACGCACUGGCAACACCCGAAUUUCCUCGCGUUCUUUCCGGCGAAUGCGACGUUCCCCGGGAUUUUGGGUGAUAUGUACUCCACCGCAUUCACCUGCGCCGCGUUUAACUGGAUCUGUUCUCCCGCCGUGACAGAACUCGAAACUAUCGUUCUAGACUGGCUCGCUCGCGCUCUAUCUCUCCCCUCCUGCUACCUUUCCGCUGCCCAUGGCGGUGGUGUCAUUCAAGGCUCGGCAUCCGAAGCGCUAGUGACUGUCAUGGUCGCGGCACGGGAUCGGUAUUUAGACAGGUUUGGGGAGGAUAGGAGGAAGAAGGCGGAGGCGAGAGGGAGGUUAAUGGCCUUUGGGAGUGAGAUGACGCAUUCGAGUACGUUGAAAGCUGCGUUGAUCUGUGGAGUUGAGUAUCGGACGAUUCCGGUCGAGGAGGGGACGUGGCGGUUACGUGGUGAAGCACUGAAAAAGGCGAUAGAUGAGGCACGAGAGGAGGGGUGGAUCCCCUUCUUUCUGACGGCGACGAUUGGGACUACGGCUACGUGCGCCGUCGACGCUGUUGAUGCAAUCGCAGAGUGGAAACAACAAGAAGGGAACGACGACGUCUGGAUCCACGUCGACGCAGCCUACGCCGGCGCAGCCCUCAUCCUCCCCGAAUAUCAACACCUAACCCCACCCCUCGCCCAUUUCGACUCCUUUGACAUGAACAUGCACAAAUGGCUCCUCACCCCCUUCGACGCCUCCUGCCUCUUCGUCCGUGAGCGGAAGCAUCUGAUCGACGCACUCUCUGUAACGCCGAGUUAUCUGCGGAACAAGGCGAGUGAAAGUGGACGCGUGAUUGAUUAUCGGGAUUGGCAGGUUCCGCUUGGGAGGAGGUUUAGGGGAUUGAAGGUGUGGUUCGUGAUGAGGACGUAUGGGUUGGCAGGAUUACGGGAGCAUGUUCGGAGGACGAUUGAGUUGGGGGAGGGGUUUGCGGCCAAUAUCAGGACCAGGGAUGAUUUGUUCGAGAUCAUCGCACCACCGGCGUACGCACUUACUGUCUUCACAGUCCGCUCACCUGACCCAGAAGUGAUGUCCGACAAUGAACUAACGAAGAAAGUGUACGAGAGAAUUAAUUUGGACGGAGAGUUCUUCUUGACGCAUUCUGUUGUUGGGGGACAGGAUGUCAUUAGGGUCGUCGGAGGGAGCCCGCAGUUGAGGAAGGAGCAUUUGGAUAGGUGUUUUGAGGUUGUGGUCAAGUUCGCUGAGGACGUGAGCAAGGAAGUUACGGAGAACAUGCCGAAUUAG